GGCGCGCUGCACAGUCUCGCGAUCGUCAUCGCGUAGAAACGUGAUUCUCGUUUACGAUAGUUACCACCACGACGUUGGUUUUACUAUUGGCCCGUAUCUGAUAUUGUGACGACUACUGUGUCCUUGUGAAAAUAUAAAAUGCAAUUAUUGUGAAUUUAUUUAUUUCUUUUUUUUUGUUUCAUUCUUUUGCAUAUUUGUAAAAACGAAUUAUUUUUCUUCUCUUUUUUUCGCAAUUUCUACGCGACCCGUUGACAAAAGAAGAGAACGAAUUUCAAGAAAGACUCUAUGUUGUAUCACAAAAGGAAGGAGGAAGAUAGUCAUUUUGCAAAGAGAUCAUUCGAGGUAGUCUUUGUGAACGAACGCUUGCUGUUACCGUUUGCCUAGUGGUCGAUCAUCGGCUCGUUGAUCGACGCGUUGAUCCGGCUCCCUAGGUGGGAAGUUCAAAGCGGAAGAAGAAGUUGGGGGAGAGAGAGAGAGAGAGAGAGAGAGAAGGAGAGAAAUCGGAAGAGAGGAGAAUCUCGAGUACUCCCGCGCGUUCAUCGACGGUUAUGUGGUGUUUAACCCCGUUAGAAUCCAGCGGAUCGUGAACAGAUCGAGAGCAGUCAAACAAUAGAAUCCAUCGUUCACCACCGAUGCGACAUUUCUCGAUGGGUUGCUCGUGAUCGCUUGCGCGUAUUUGUCUGGUGUCUAUAUCGCAUCACUACUACGACCACGACCACGACCAAGAGGAGGAAAGAGGAGGAAAGAGGUGGUGGUGGUGGUGGUGGUUCUGGUGGUGUUGGUGGUGGUGUUGGUGGUGGUGGUUCUGGUGGUGGUGGUGUUGCUGUUGCUGCUGCUGCUACUGCUGUUGGAAGAGAGGAUAGGUCGUAGCGGCAGGAAGAGAUCGUCGUUAUAGGGGGAGAUCGCCAUAGCUGAUCGUACCACCCAAGGUGGCACAGAUUGAGAGGCCCCAUCAGCGUAACAUCCUCUCGACCAUUCGAAGCAUUUCGCGAACCGCCGUUGUUCCUCUCUUUGAUACCACCUUUUUUCAUUUCUUUCCUUUCUCUAUCUCUAUUUCUAUCUCCAUCUCCAUCUCUUUUCUUUCUUUUUUUCCCACCUGACAUAAAGUUGAAGACUCUCCCUGAACAUUCGGAAGCAACAAUUACAGGACACGUAAGAGAAAAGGAGAAAUUUCCAACAAGGAAAACACCCUUUUCCUCUUCCUCCUCUUCGUACCCACUCGAUCUCGUUGUUCUCGUCGAGUAACAACACGCAUCGGAGACUUCCGGCUUUGCGGAAGCGACGCUCCAUGUGAACGACUGACGGGGAUCGCCUCACCUCUCUUGCGACUCAAUCCAUUCAUCCAACUACGAUUUCGUCAUGGAGACCGCUACCGAACUAUCUCCUUUAUCUGGCCCGGAAAAACAAGGUAGGGUAGAAAGGACCUCUUAUUAUCCGCAAGAGCCAGGUAAAAGGCCGCAAACAAGGAAAGAAAAAAUACAAUCAUGUUUAAAGCACAAUGCCUUGACAAUGUUAACCGUUGGUGGCGUGGUCGGUGGUGUUAUCUUAGGAAUAAUCCUAAGAAAUUCCCGGAUCGAUAGAUAUACAAACCGUGAGGUCAUGUAUAUCAAUUAUGUCGGCGAUCUAUUUCUAAGAAUGCUCAAGAGUUUAAUCCUGCCGCUCAUCAUGUCAAGUUUGAUCUCAGCUAUCGGAUCCUUGGACCUAUCUCUCAGCGGUAAAAUCGGUGCACGUGCUAUUUCCUAUUACAUGGUCACAACGAUUAGCGCUGUUGUACUCGGUAUUAUUCUGGUCGUAUCUAUUCAACCUGGCGUAGGCAGCACUGCUAGUCAUGCUGAAAAAGCUCUUGCUCAAAAUUCAUCGACCGUUGAUACGCUAUUGGAUUUAGUUAGAAACAUGUUCCCUCCGAAUCUGGUGCAAGCAUGUAUUUCUCAGAUGCGUACAGUAGUUAAAAAACCUGUGGACGGUGACUCAGACGAUAUGGAUAACUGGGACUUCACCGAAAAGGACAUUCCUGGUAUGAACAUUCUUGGUCUAGUCGUUUUCUCAACCGUAUUGGGUAUCACUCUAGGGAAAAUGAGUCAGGAAGGGAAACCGCUUCUUAAUUUUUUCGAAUCCUUGUCAGGUGCUAUGAUGGUAAUCACCAAUUGGGUAAUUUGGUUGUCACCCGUCGGUAUCCUCUUUUUGGUAGCUGCAAAAAUUGUAGAAAUGGAAUCGUUGGAGCAAGUGGUCGCUCAACUUGGCAUGUAUUUCCUAACGGUUCUAAUCGGUCUCUGUAUUCAUGGUUUCAUCAUAUUACCUGGAUUGUAUUUUGUGAUAACAAAAAAGAAUCCCUAUCGUUAUCUAUCCAAUUUGGCACAGGCAUUGGUCACUGCAUUUGGUACAUCGUCGAGUUCCGCGACAUUACCAGUUGCUAUUAAUUGUCUCGAAGAAAGAAACGGCAUUGACCCACGAAUAACCAGAUUCGUAUUACCGAUUGGAGCUACAAUUAACAUGGACGGUACUGCUUUGUACGAAGCAGUAGCCGCAAUUUUUAUAGCGCAAGUUCGUGAAGUCAGUCUUACUUUUGGACAACUAGUGGCAAUCAGUAUUACUGCAACUGCCGCAAGUAUCGGAGCAGCUGGAAUCCCGCAGGCGGGAUUAGUUACUAUGGUGAUGGUUCUAGACACAGUACAUCUUCCAUCAAACGAUGUCUUCCUUAUUCUCGCGGUUGAUUGGCUAUUGGAUCGCUGCAGGACGACAGUAAACGUUAUGGGAGAUUCCCUUGGUGCAGGAAUCGUUAAUCAUUUAAGUAAAAAUGAAUUAUCGGCAUUACCGCAACAUAGACAAAGUCAAAAUGGAGCAGACCACACAAUAUCGAUAUGAAAUGUGUAAGUGUGUUCACAAUUCGAAUACAAUAAUGCAUUAGUAGCAUUUAUUGGCAAUUAUUUUACGAUUUUAAUAUAGUCGUUUAUUCAAUUAUAACGUCAAUUCCAACGAACUUCCAAUUGUGACUCAUUUUGCUGUUGAAAUAAAUCUAUUAAAGAAACGUGAUUACUCAUUGGCUAUCUGUAUAUUAUUUUUUAAUUAACAAUGAAUAACAAAAAUUAUAAUGAGAAGAAAUAUAUAUAUAUAUAUAUAUAUCAUACACACGUCACAACGAUUUACAUAAAAAAUCACGAUUAUUAUUAUUAUGUACGAUCAGUAAAAUACUGCCUAUCUUAUUGGAACUAGUUAUUUUAAAUGUGUUCUCUCUUUUAUGUAGCAUUGAUAUGUAUUUAUAUCGAAAAUUGUAAUAACAUUAAAAACAUCACGAUCAAUUUAUUUUAUGAUCGUUGUUAUACGACUAUUUUAUGUUUUGGAUUUAGUGUUAGAAAAUAAAUAAUAGUAAUAUAAUAACGACAAUAAUUACGAUAAUACUCGUUUCUUGAAUUAUUCAAUAGUGUUCUGUAGUCUACUUGUCUGAUUAUAAUAUAAUAUAUAUAGUAUAUGAUUUUGAAUCAAAUACGUAGGUGAGCUGACAAGUUCUCAGCCUCACAUAGAAACAAUGUUUUCUUUUAUCAAACUAACUUUUAUUUACAAGAAAAUAAAAGCCUUUUUUGUUGAGGUUCAAAAUUUUUCAACCCACCCAUGUAUAUUGUUCUUGAUUUCAAUAUUAUUCUCAUUAAAUUGGUAUAUUUAUGUAAAAAUAUAAUAUAUAUUUAUUGAGUGACGAAGAUAAUAGGUUUUAUAUAUAUAUAUAUAUGUAUAUGUACGCAUAAAUAGCAAUAAUAAAACCUAUAAGUUUACCUAUUAUAAUUUGAUCACUGCACAUAUAUAUAUAUGUAUAUGCACGUGCAUACAAUUGAAUAUAGUAGACUUUACUAAAUUUAAUAAUGAGAAAUAAUGUCCAUUCCGUGGCAUAAUGUUAAAAUUUAUAGUAAUAAUACAUAAUCAUCGGACAUUUAAUUUGUCCUAUUGUUGUAAUGAUAAUAAAAAUAUUCAAUUAUAAGUAACAUAAA